ACAGAGCGCUAAGGAGCAUCUCUACUACGCCUUGUAUCGCUUACCUUCCAUCUUCCCACACCGCAAGGCAUUUUACGGCACCACAGUAGUGAAAUCCGGCAGCUCUGAAUGAAACUGAACACUGGGGUUCCGUAUAGCUUGCGGUGUUCACUCUUCGAUUAGUGUCUGCAGUAGACCGGUUGCCAAUCGAAGCCAGGACCAUGGCCUCUACAUCUUUGCACAAUCCAUACUUUCUGCUUAGUGUAAUGUAUUGCACAUUACUUUUCAGCACCGUAUUUUGUGAGGAGGAAGCUGAAGAAGAUGAGCACGAGAAACAUACGUAUACGGUGGAUAUGUUCAACCAUGCCAUCGCUACAGCUCCCCACUUCGUUAUGUUUUUCGCUCCCUGGUGUGGCCACUGCCAAAGGCUUCAGGGUACAUGGAACCAGCUGGCAGACAAAUACAACAACAUGGAGGAACCCCCUGCAUAUGUUGUUAAGGUGGACUGCACAAAGGACACCAAGUUCUGUUCAGACCAUGGAGUACGAGGGUACCCCACCCUGAAGCUGUUUAGACCUGAAAUGGAGGCUGUGAAGUACCAGGGAUCAAGGGACAUGGAGUCUUUGGAGUCCUGGAUGCUGAAGACCAUGAAUGACGAUCCUGAGGAGCCCCAAAGUGAACUUGAGCCACCCAAAGCCCCAGAGCCAAAACAGGGCAUGUAUGACCUCACUGCUCUCAACUUCAAGGCCCACAUCACUAAAGGUUACCACUUUGUCAAGUUCUUUGCCCCUUGGUGUGGUCACUGCAAAGCCAUGGCUCCUACUUGGGAGCAGCUGGCCAGCACAUUCGAGCACUCUGACAACGUCAAGAUUGGCAAGGUGGACUGCACUCAACACUACGAGGUCUGCUCUGAAAACCAAGUGCGCGGAUACCCCACCUUGCUGUUCUUCAAGGAUGGAGAGAAGGCAGACCAGUACAGAGGCAAGAGAGACCUGGACUCUCUGAAGGAGUUUGUGGACGGUCACAUUAAAGCCGCCGCUGACACAGCUGACGACGCUCAGGAUAACGAAGUCGUGCCCCCCAGCGAAGAGCCUGCCGAAGAGGAGUCCAAAGUCCUGGUCCUCACUGAAAGCAACUUUGAUGAAACAGUGGAAAAAGGUCUUUCAUUCAUCAAGUUUUAUGCCCCAUGGUGUGGUCAUUGUAAGAACCUCGCUCCAUUAUGGGAAGAUCUAUCCAAGAAGGAGUUCCCUGGGCUCACAGAUGUGAAGAUAGCGAAAGUGGACUGCACCGUGGAGCGCUCGCUCUGCAACAGAUUCGCCGUUCGCGGCUACCCCACCCUGCUGAUGUUUCGGGCGGGGCAGCAGGGGGAGGAGCACAACGGGGGGCGGGAUCUGGAGAGCCUGCACAGCUUCGUGAUGAAGCAGGCCAGAGACGAGCUGUAACGUCCAAACCUCCUCCCACAGUCACAAGUCUCUGGUGUCACAACGCAUUAAACCUGCCUCCACACGGCAGCCAUUUCCACCUCUCUGCAGCGAGCGAGGAGCUGCAUCAACACAGACUGUGGUUUUUCUUUUCUUUUUUUCUUUUUUUUGCUGCCAAAGGACUUGUGGGCAAAUGUGGGUCUGAUUUUUGAAUCGUAUUUAAAAGAUGUGAAUGCGUAGUCCCACUUCGCCCUAGAGUGGAUAAGGUUCUGCAGUGAAAUUAUACACGGUCAUGGAAAACCACUUUUCAGGCGGUACUUUUUAACUCAAUUUGAAAUGUACGAACAAUAUCCCAAAUUGAAGUGACUCAAGGAUGGUCAUCAAUGUGCCUUCCGAGACUAGCCUAAUAUUUACAGUAAAGCUGGCAGUUUACCCAGGUGACCUCAGCUGAAAUUCCUUCUUCAUAUUGGAUGAUUUACUCAAAGAAAAUAGGAUUUGUGAAAAUGUGAUUAGUAAAAAUUUUACGCGCCAUCUACAUUUCUGUACUAGAGAUGUCACCUAUAUGUUAACUGACAUUGAGCGUUAAGUUGAUGGUAUUUUCAUGUGUGUCAGUGAUAGCCUAACUUAACUCUCAGGGAUAUACUUACUGGAGGGAGUGGAGGUCCUGGUCCUGCCAUAUACCAAUUUCUCACAUUGUCAAAGUUUUUUCUUUUUUUAAGUGGUGCACAAGCUUAUAUAUUUUCCCAGUUAUCAAUUGCUGUAUUUCAAACUGCACCUUGGGGCUUACUUUGAGUGUUCUCGCCUUGGAUAUAUUGGAAAACGUUGCAAAACUGUACUGCCGGAGUUUCAAUGUAAACUGUUUUGUGCUUUGAUGGAAAUAUUUCGCUGCAGUGAUAUGGAGACCUGUGAAUCUGUGUACAAAUCAUGCCCAGUCAAUUGUGAUACCUGAUGUUUUUUCCCCCUCUCUAAUCAAAGCUUUUUUUUUUUUACAAAUCAUUGUUAAAAUAAUUUGUCGACCACUAUGUUUUAUCUACUGUAGUUGAUGCAUUCAACAGCCUUAUCUGUGGAAUCCAACAACUGUAUCAGUAGUGCACAUUUGAUGGUCACCAAGGUUGAUACACACAGCCUCAGUUUAUACAGUGAAGCACAAAAAUUUGACAGAUCUGGGAAAUGUCAUUACCUCAGGCUGGUGGGUAUGUUCGCCUGGAAAUUUGCUGGACAAAGCCAAAAAAAAAAAAUCUUGUUUCUCCCUUUCUGUGACAAUAUGACGACACACCCAUGUAGUCAGCAAUGUCAGAGUAAAGAAAGCACUGAUAAUGUAUAAAAUAAAUAUAGAUUUUACUCUGCAUACGCUGGUGGCAAAUAAAGCCUUCGGUACAGUCGGUCAGAUAAGCAUGCGUAAACAGCGUUAUCUGUACGUUCAGCGACACCACUAGCAGUGAUCGCUGUGUGUUCAGCUCUUCAUUUCCAGGGCCCUUUAAGCCCUUGGCCCAGUCUGUCUGGCUCCAGUUCUCUCCUGCUUCCCUUCGUGUGCUCCGUGGUCUCUUGCCCUGACAGUCCAUUACUCUGUACUCUCUACCGCCUCUCAGGUUUGUGUCUGCAGCCUCUUCCCCCCCCCCAUAGACACUGCGCCAGCCCUGUUCACCUCCCUCACUGCGAAACGCACUCCCAACACGGCACAAGCAGCUGACCAAAUAGCACAAAGGACCAGCCGGAACACUUCUUUCUUACUCCGUGUUUACCAAACUGCGAAAUACCCGGUUAACGAUAUGGAAUGUUUUUAGGCAUCGCUGUGGCAAAAAAAAAAAAAAACAUUUCUAUGCAGAUGUAUGUGGCAGCAUCUUGCCAUGCCUGUAUUUACACUCAGAUUCAACACAGCAAAUGAACAGACAGGUAAACAACUUAAUGUCAGUAAAACCUUUAUGGAUAGCACUUGGUGUAGACAGGCUCGAGUGAAGGAAAGUAGUAUUUUCUAUGAGUGGGUUGUCCACUGCCCAUGAAGUUUUUUUACAAACAAAAAUAUUGCAACAAAAAAUAAUUGCGAGUUGCUAACAUGGAUUUCUGCAAAGAUUUUGUAAUAAAACUUCUUUUCCAAAAA